AUGUCGCUGAGAACUAUAUUGAAAUCAACCUACCCUUGGACAAAGAGUCCCCUUCUGGUCUCGGCUCCAAUGCUGAACAUUGCCAUGCCCCCGCUGGCGGUAUCUGUCUCCUCCGCUGGUGGACUCGGAUUUCUUGCUGCUGGAUUUGAUGUGUCGAGCUUGGAUCAUAACCUGGAAGUCGCCAUCCGUCUGGUGAAGCAAUCAGGCGGUAUGGUACAGCAAAUACACGAGGAAACGGGUGUGCUCCCCAUUGGGGUCGGCUUCAUCAACUGGGGUGCCGAUCUCAAAGUCUCUAUUGCCGCUAUCCAGAAGUACAUGCCAUGCGCUGUGUGGUUAUUUGGUCCAGAGAAUCAACCGGACGACCUAGUGCCCUGGGUGAAGGAGGUGCGUGGCGUGACCUCUGGCCGGACCAAGAUCUGGGUGCAAGUUGGUGCCGUGGAUGAGGCGAUCGCCGUUGCCGAGGUUCUUCAACCAGACGCUUUGGUCGUCCAAGGUUCUGAUGCGGGGGGUCAUGGUCUAGCUCAUUCGGCCUCAGUUUUGACUUUGAUACCUGAGAUUCAAGAUGCUUUACGGGAGCGAGACUUGACUCACAUAGCCAUCAUGGCUGCGGGAGGAAUCGUUGAUGGACGAGGGCUGGCAGCGGCUUUGGCACUGGGGGCUGUCGGCGCUGCCAUGGGUACUCGCUUCCUGGCGUCUGAAGAAGCGAAUAUAGCUCACGGAUAUCAGAAGGAGAUAUUGCGAGCAUCUGAUGGCGGUCUCAACACCAUCAGGUCGACGGUAUAUGAUCGAGUGAGGGGUAUCGGGGGCUGGCCCCGUCGAUACGACGGGCGCGGUAUCAUCAACGAGAGUUAUGUCGAUGCUGUGGAGCGGGGAAUGAGUGAUGAGGAGAAUAAGAGUUUGUACGAAGAAGAGUUGAAGAAAGGCGAUGCCGGUUGGGGACCCAAGGGGAGACUUACAACGUAUGCUGGUACUGGUGUCGGCCUGGUGCGAGAAAUCCUGCCUGCGUCCACAAUUGUGGAGAAGACCUUGUGUGAAGCAAGAGAUGUGAUUCGGGGAAUUUCGGUAGAUUGA